CAGGGGGCUGGACCGCGAGGCUCGGCGCCAGGGGGCCUGCUGAGCGGUCUCUGCCAAGAGGGGGCGCGCGGGACGCCCCAACGGAAGCUCCGGGACGCGAUCGCUGUCCAGGUCUGAAAGGGUUGACCACUGGCCAAGGGACCCGCCUGGAGGGAGACCCUGCCCGGAGGGAGACCCUGCUCAGGACAGGAGGAGACCUCUCAAGUGCCCCAGUAGCUUCCAAGAGCCACUGAGUCCUGUGUGUUUUCAUCCCUGAGCCCCACCAUUGGCCCAAGCUGGACAAGGAGCAACCAGUCAACCUCAGAGGCCUGGAGGCUGUAAAGUUAAGCAAGACAAAGAAAUCCCCAUGGACAAGCCUCACCUAUGUGCCAUGCGCAGUGCCUGCAUUUCCACGGUCAUCAUUUCCUUCACCCUGAGCCACGGGAGGAUGUGGAGAAGUCCCACCUCUGCCAUCACUUUUCCCUUGCACAGGGUCUCCAGCUCCAGCCCUGGCUCUUCCUCUCCUGCAGUCUACAUCCUCCUGGGCCGGUUCUUCCUGAUCUCUGCAGUUAUCUUGGCUUUCCUCACCAUCUUCCUCACGGUGUCCUCUGCGUCUGAACUCUUCCCAAGGACUUGGAAGCACAGUGUUGUGUCAGCCACUGUCAGCUUCCUCACAGGGAUCUGUGCCUUCCUGGCCAUGUUGCUGCAUGCCCUGGAGAUCCGGGAUCUGAGGAUGAAGCCCAGUCCACCACAGUUCUCCAUGCAGUGGCCUUACUACAUCCUGGGCUUUGACACCCUUCUGUUCCUGGUGGCUGGUGCCAUUUGCCUUUCUCAACGAAAAAUCUGCCUUAGAUGUCGCUUGUUGCCCAUUUACCAGAGCACUGAAGAUGUCCAUGGGACCCUACACUUGGAAAAGCUGGAAAGCUUGGGAGGAAAACUGAGCUGGGUACAAAAGGAGACCCAGCUGAGGGAAGCAACAGUUAUCUAGCCCAGGACAUUGUCUCUGCCCUUCCUGAAGCUGUGUGGCGACGCCUGCAGGUGUGUGCGGCAACUCCUUCUCUGCCAGUCUCUGCUGCCUUGAGGAGCUGUAGCAUCAAGCCAACCUUCCACGCCCUGGCACGCACAGACAGUCCAUCUUGCUGAUGUUUAAAAUUUGUUAAAAGUUAUUUGAAAAAAAAAGUUCUUUGAACUCUUCUGAGAUUCUUGAGAGAUUAUUAUUACUUUUUUUGAAGGUAUAUUAAAGAAAUAAAAGGGUAAUUUUUAUUGAUCCAUACCUCAAAAACCAAGCCUGGAGUCCAGGAGGGGAAGAAUUUGACAAGAUGAGCAAGUGAAGUAGGGUUUUAGAGAACAAAAAUCUCACAGAAUAUAACCGCAAUAGAAGGUGUUUGAGUUAAUAAUAAAAAAAAAUGACAUCUCGGGGCUGGGCCUGG